UGGCGGGAAACCGCAGCACUGCCAGCACUGGUGGGCGACUACAAAUAGCGUGGACUGGCUCGCAACGGGUUUCAUUCCAAGUUCAGUGCAAGUCGUGAGCGGUUCUUUUCCAAUACGGAGCUUCCAUUGUGUUGCGCGCAUGCGUCUCUCUCUCUCAGCCAAUUUGAAAACGUGAAAAAUCCUUCUGCCAUACCACCAACAUCACUACACAUAAACACACACACGCACACAAACGCGCAGACACUUCCAUACGCAGCAUCGACAAUUCUGUCACUGCGAAGAAAAAGCAAAUUAAUAAAUAAUCGCUGCCUGUGAUUUGUUUACGUUUUUUUUCUUGAUUUUUUGUAUCGUGCGAGUGUGAAUUCACGAAUCCGUGCAGACAACUGACUGGAAGUGAAUAUUAAGAAGAAGGGUGUGGACAGACAGACAAAAACGCAGGAACGCACGAAAAGACGCACACACACACUGGCAAGCGGACCGGCAAAAAGCAGCCAAAAAAGAGAAACGACAAAGAGAGUGCAAAAAAUAGAAAAGGUCGCGCGACGCCGGUUCUUUCUCCUGAGGAUAAUCGAAUCAAGCGAAUCGGUAACAAGUCGGUAAUUAAGACGGAAUCAAAGUCAUCAGAUCAUCAGCCAGGAGGAGACCAGCCAGGAGCCACAAAGAAAGCACCAAGAAUAAGCUCGUCCGAAGAAGAGAGGACGACGGCCUAAACAUGGCUCCCAUAAGCACCAUGAACGGCCAGGGCCUGGUCCAGGGGCAGGUCUGCGAGCUGGGCCAGAGCAACGGGGACAUCAUAUCACAGAACCAACAGAAGGGCUGGUGGACUAUCGGGCUGAUCAAUGGCCAGCACAAGUACAUGACUGCGGAGACCUUUGGCUUCAAGUUGAACGCGAACGGAGCCAGUCUGAAGAAGAAGCAGCUGUGGACCCUCGAACCCUCCAACACCGGUGAAAGUAUUAUCUACUUACGAUCUCAUCUGAACAAGUACCUAUCGGUCGAUCAGUUUGGCAACGUUCUGUGCGAGAGCGAGGAGCGAGACGCGGGCAGCCGUUUCCAGAUCAGCAUCAGCGAGGACGGCAGCGGCCGUUGGGCGCUGAAGAACGAGUCGCGCGGCUACUUUCUGGGCGGCACGCCCGACAAACUCGUCUGCACGGCUAAGACGCCCGGGGCCAGUGAGUUCUGGACGGUGCAUUUGGCUGCACGGCCGCAGGUCAAUCUGCGAUCGAUCGGACGCAAGCGGUUCGCGCACCUGUCCGAGUCGCAGGACGAGAUCCAUGUGGAUGCCAAUAUACCCUGGGGCGAGGAUACGCUCUUUACUCUGGAGUUCCGGGCCGAUGAGGGCGGGCGCUAUGCCCUCCACACGUGCAACAAUAAAUAUCUGAAUGCCAAUGGAAAGCUGCAGGUGGUGUGCAACGAUGACUGCCUGUUCAGUGCCGAAUAUCACGGCGGACAUUUGGCUCUGCGCGACCGCCAGGGCCAGUACUUGUCGCCCAUCGGCUCCAAGGCUGUGCUGAAGUCUCGCUCCUCGACGGUGACGCGCGACGAGCUCUUCUCGCUGGAGGACUCGCUGCCCCAGGCCUCGUUCAUUGCGGGCCUCAAUUUGCGCUACGUGAGCGUUAAGCAGGGCGUCGAUGUGACGGCCAACCAGGAUGAGGUGGGCGAGAACGAGACAUUCCAGCUGGAGUACGAUUGGUCGGCGCAUCGCUGGGCCCUGCGCACGACACAGGAUCGGUACUGGUGCCUCUCCGCCGGCGGCGGCAUCCAGGCCACCGGGAAUCGACGCUGCGCCGAUGCCUUGUUCGAGCUGAUUUGGCACGGCGAUGGCUCGCUCUCGUUCCGGGCCAAUAACGGCAAGUUUUUGGCCACCAAGCGUUCGGGCCAUCUGUUCGCCACCUCCGAGUCAAUUGAGGAGAUAGCCAAGUUCUACUUUUACUUGAUCAAUCGGCCCAUCCUGGUGCUGAAGUGCGAGCAGGGAUUCGUCGGCUAUCGCACGCCCGGCAACCUAAAGCUCGAGUGCAAUAAGGCCACCUACGAGACCAUCCUGGUGGAGCGCGCCCAGAAGGGACUCGUCCACCUGAAGGCGCACAGCGGCAAAUACUGGCGCAUCGAGGGCGAGAGCAUCUCUGUGGAUGCCGAGGCGCCAAGCGAUGGCUUCUUCUUGGAGUUGCGCGAGCCGACCAGGAUCUGUAUAAGGUCGCAGCAGGGCAAGUAUUUGGGCGCCACCAAGAACGGCGCGUUCAAGUUGCUCGACGACGGCACCGACUCGGCCACCCAGUGGGAGUUCUAAGCGAUCGAGAGGUAGAGAGGGCGACAGGGCGUGCUCCAUUCGGGGCGCGCAUCAUCAGUAUCACAUUUCCAAUC